AUGGACAAGGAAACCGACCGCUUCCCUCUACACACGGCAGCGCGACUGGGCCAAGUGAGCGUUGCCGAAGGUCUGCUCAAGACCGAUCCCAAGCUUUCCAAGCGCAAAGACGACGAUGACCGAUACCCCAUUCACUGGGCCGCCUCGUCCAACAGUCUCGACAUUGUCAACCUUCUGGCCGAUCAGAAAGGCUUCGAUCCAGACGUCCAGGUAACCUCGAUCAACGCCCACUGCGCCCGCUCUCUCUCUCUCUCUCACCAUAUAGUCGUUGACCGAUCAUCAAUAUCGCUACAGGAUGGAAGCGGCUGGACCCCCCUCAUGAUUGCCGCCAGCGUCCCCGACAGCGAACCUGUUCUCAAGCUCCUCCUCCAGAGGGGAGCAGAUCCCAUUGCCCAGAUCCCCUGGCUCAUGAUAUCCCAGUCGGCCCUGCAUUUUGUUGCCUCGAAGAAGGACCUCGACACCGCCCGCCUUCUGAUAGAGAACAAGGCUUCGACGCGCGUCCGCAACAAGAGGGGCCAGUACGCCAUCCACCGCGCCGCCGCCGUCGGCUCCCAGCCCCUGGUGUCGCUCCUCUUGCGCAACCGGAGCCCUAUUGAUGCCACCGACGCAGAUGGGUACACACCUCUCCACCACGCUAUUGCCGAGGGUCAUGGAGACGUUGCCAUCCUCCUACUCAAAGAAGGAGCCGACCAUACCCUCAAGACCAGCGAAGACCAGCUCGCUAUUGAUCUGGCUCCAGACAAGGAUGUACGACGAUACAUUAUACAGGGUGCUGAAAGGGAGGGAAUAGAUUUAUCAGAAUAG